UAUCUAUGCUAUAUUUAUGUUAUAUAUAAGAAGGCGUUUCCCUGUUAGGGACAAGGACACAUUUGUUCAAAGUAGCCGCUGACGCCCAGGUGAGACCCGAGAAGAGGCAAUGGAGCAGAGAGCAUUGUUGCUGGAGCUCUGACCUCUGGUGUCCGCGUUACUUCCGUGUUCCGCUCACCUGCUGCACCGGUGUGAAGGUGCGACUCUCCGCCGCUGCACCUGCUGCGUUAUUACCGCGUCAUGUCGGAGGAGCUCGUAACGUGUGAACUAACAUGCUCCAGCUCAGCGAGGGAACCCCCGGGGGCUCCGCCGAGGAGUGAGAGCACGAACAUGGACCGCGAACAGCAAAUUUUCUCCGUGUUGAGCGGCGGUGCCAAGGACAGGACGUUGGCAGCGGCGGCAGCGGUGGAGGGGGACACCGCGGUGAAGAGCUCCGGCGGCGGCAGUGGUGUAGGAGUAGCCUCCCCCUCCGCCACCUCCGACACGGAGUCCGGGAUCUUCUCCGGUGAGUGUGAGCUCUGCGUGGAGCACGAGUCCGAGCUCGACUGGUUCUGCGGCACCGAGCAGAAGCUCAUCUGCUCCCACUGCGCCAUCGUCGGCCCCUGCCACGGACACACCGUGACCCCUCUGGCCACCAGGGUCUCAGCGAUCCGGAAUGAAAUGGUGGAUGUGUGUGAGAAAAUGCAGCUGCAGGCGCUGAGGAUGGAAAGGUUCAUCGACCAGACGCUGAUAGUCAAAGAGCAAAAGCUCCAGGCAUCGGCGAGCAGGGCCAGGGAGCAUGUGCUGGCUCAGGUCAGCGCAGCUCGGGAAGCCCUGGAGGAGGAGGAGCAGCGUCUGCUGGAGGAGGUGCAGAGGGAGGAGGAGCGGGUGGAGCAGUGUCUCCUCACCCAGAGGGCCCACUGGAGCCAGGCCCUGGUGAAUCUGUCUCAAACACGUUCACGUCUGGUGCACACGCUCACGCACACUCCCGAUGCACAGCUAGUGACUAGCGUCCAGGACAUAGUUGAAAGGGUGGAGGAGGCAGAAGGGGUCGGGGAGCCCUGCGAUACAGAGCAACUCAACCUGAACCCAGGCUGCAGUGACAGCAAGCUGCUGAGAGGUCUGUGGGCCACGGCAGUGCUGCUCGGUCCAAAUGCUCAUGGAUCAUCGUGUUUAAAGUUUGACGGGCGCACAGUGAGCCCGCUCCUGUCCCUGUCUGAGGACUCCUGCACUUUGACCUUCCUCACCAAAAAAACUCGUCAAUCGCCUCUCUACGACCCGGCCCGAUUCGACUGUUGGCCCAACGCGCUGGGUUCACUGUCCGUGUCCUCCGGCACCCACAGCUGGAUGGUGGACGUCGGCCAAUGUGGCGCCUUUAAGGUCGGGGUCUGCUACGCCUCUCUGGAACGCAAAGGCUCCGGGAACAACGCGCGGCUCGGUUACAACACUCAGUCCUGGGUGUUGUCUCGCUAUGACGGGGACUACUCCUUCUGCCACGCGGGGGAGAAGGUUCCCCUGCAGGUGGUCAGGACCCCCAAGAGGAUCGGCGUGCUGCUGGACUGGCCAAGUCAGACGCUGUUGUUUUACGAGCCAGACUCCUGCACCUUGCUGCACUGCAUCACGCAGCACUUCACCGCCCCGCUGCUGCUGGCGUGUGCCGUGACUGACCGCAGCAUCACCAUAGUACACUGACUGUCCCGAGUGACGAACAAAUACUAAAUGACUUUAAAGAUGUGAAGAAGAGCAAGGACGAGACUUUGUUCUGUCUCCAGACUUUUUCUAUUUAUUCUUCCGUCUUGUUAGAGAUUUCUUUUACUGGUUGUGAUAAUUUAUCUGUUGAUCAUAUUAUACAGUAGUUUUGCUAUUGUGACAGUGAUUGUUUUUUAUAACUUUUUUAUAAGAUUCUUUAUAUAAUCACUUUGAUCUGUUUAAUGAUAUUAUAGAAAAUAUUGAUUACACUGGUUGAUCCAGGACUACUGUAAAUGGUAUGAAGCAUAUUCUCAGUAAACUGAUCACUUCAAGUUGACUGUUCGAUUUUCUGAUUCUGCAAAAGACAGUUAUGUUAAAACAAGUUUGUUGUUUUGUCAUUUGUUUCAUUAAUAUAACAUUUUCUUUGGGAUGAAAAGCAUUGUGUUUGUGCAUUCUGUGCUGAAACAGCAGGGUCUAGUUUUACCUGCAGUUACAUGGCAAUCUGCAGAAAGACAUGUGAACAGAAUGAUUGUAACUCAUAAACACUAGUUCUCAUUCAGUUUUGUCUCGAUCUGAAAAUAAAAAGUUUGAGGUUGGUGUUCACAAAAACCCGUAACUUUGAUUUCCCCGUCUCAAAGUUAUAUUAUAUUUUUUUUUCUUCACCAUUAAUGAGAAGGGGCAGUGGGGGCUUGAAGGU